ACAAAACUGAAUGUGAUGACGGCAAUCCGAAAACAAAAUUUUUCUUAAUUUUUCCUGUGAAUGUGUCAGCACACAGCUAUCCAUGAAAGAUCCCUCUUUUUCUCCCUGAAUGGUAAAUGGUUUUAUAUAGCUAUUGAUAACUUGUAAAAGUUAAGGAAAAGGUUGGAAUAAUAGUGUACAAGAUUCAGACUGAGUUUAAAUAUUUACAUGAUAAUGGAUAAAGAUAAAGAAUUAUUAUUAUCACUUGGUAAAGAUUCAGAUUCAGAUGAUGUGGUGGAAGAAUUUAAACUACCACCACCAAGAUCCAGACGUUCUAAAAGGAAGACAGACAAUCGUAUUGUUUCCAGCAGUUCACCUUUUAUUACGUUCAAAUGUAUAUUCACUUUCGUUACUAUCUCAAUUUUCAUAUCAGGAGUUUUACUCCUUGCUUUUACGGUACUGACAAUGCAAUCAACAAUGAAGCAACUAGAAUCAAAAAUUAAAAACUUAGAAACUGACUUGUCUAAAAAGAUUGACGCAGACAAAAUAUCUUCAUUAUCAAACAAGAAUGAUGGUCUGGUUAAAAAUUUAAAAUCUGCAGAAUUAAAAUAUACUAUUGUUACUAAUCAGCUUGCCACUGUGAACCAGUCAUUGCAGAAGCUACAGAAAUCUGUGGUGGAAAAAUCAAUCAAACACAUUGAGCCGUUGGAGAAAGACAUGGAUUUGCUGAAAACAGGAAUGGCAAAAACUGGCAGCAGUAUUGAAGGGAUCAAGGAAUCCGUUAAAGAACUACGUAAAGAUUUUAAUAGACAGAUUGAUGAUGUGCAAACUUAUGUGCAUAAUUAUACUGCUCAAUUGAGAAGUCUUGCCAUAGAAGCUGCUGAAGAUAACGAAGACAAAACAUCUCAGUCAACAGUCACCAAAAAAUAUGUAGAUUUUGUUGUGGCCAAUGUGGAGUUGAAUGCUAAAAACAAAAGAGAACAGAUGCUGAAGACAGUAGACUGGUCUCUGAGCAACUUAAAGAGUAUAACUGACUCCUUCAACCAGACUCAUGUUGCAGAUUUAUUGCGACUAACAAAAAUCGUCAGCAGCAUGAAGAAUCGUUCCGAAACCUUUCAGGACAUGUUUCAAGAUAAAUACCUCCCUGAAGUUAUGCAACUCAAGAAUCAAUCAAUUUAUCUUGAGAAGAAGAUUGAUGAUCAUCGAAUUCAACUCGUUUACCACUCUGACCAACUGCAGAAUAUGAGCGCAGAGGUUCAAUCCAUAAAGAAAAAACUUUCCUUCGUUCCGCAAUCAACCCCACGUAGCACAACUGCCGUAGCUUCUGAUACAAAAGAACUCAGUACCGAAAAGUCAUUAACUAUCGCUACAAACCAACCAGGAACUACUGGUGUUCCUGUUGAAACUAAAAGCAUAGAGGCAACUGUGGCGCCUGUGACUGUUGAUGGUAAAGAAGAGACUCCACGACCUUCUACGUCAAACUUUCCUGCCGUUACAGCAACUACACCAGCUGGUAGCGAAGAGUUGGCCGAUAAUAUUACAACGACAGAACACUCAGUAUCGUGGAAUCAAACUGAAAUUAAAACUCCUGAUGAGACCACUGAAAUUGUGAAUGCCACAGAACAGCCACACCUUAACCAAACUGAGAAAAUAUCUUCCACAGCUCAACCAGCGCUUGGGCCUGUCCUUCCAAACGAGUCAGGUAUACCAAAAGGUGCAGUCGUACCAAGAGAAGAAAUAGAUGCACAAACUGAAAUAAUUCAGCCCACCCCUCUUGCAACUGUACAACCCAUCAAGGAGUCUAAUGACAGUAUGUCCACCCCAACCAAUGAAAAUACGACUUCCACAUCUCAAACCACUGUCGGCGGCACUGCACAACCCGAUAGGGACUCAGUUUCAAAUUUGCAAGGUCCUGUUUUUGAGCAAAAAGCCAAAAAGGAAAGUGAGGGUGAUUACCCUUCCUUUGGUUCUAAUGAUGGACCGAUCUCUCCAGGAAAUCAAGGCGGACUUAAUCCGGGUGAUCAAGGUGGUCUUAAUCCAGAAGAUCAAGGCAGACUUAAUCCAGAAAAUCAAGGCGGACGUAAUUCAAAAGAUCAGGACGGACUUAAUCCGGGAGAUCAAGGUGGACUUAAUCCAAUAGAUCAAGGUGGACUUAAUCCAAUAGAUCAAGACGGACCUAAUCCAGAAGAUCAACACGGACCUAAUCCAGAAGAUCAACACGGACCUAAUCCAGAAGAUCAACGCGAACUUAACCCCGAAGAGGAAGGCGACAAUGUUCCAAUAAAUCAGGGGGGAAUUACUCCGAACAACCAAAACAAUCCAAAAGAUCAAGACAGACUUAAUCCAGGUUUUAAUCAGCCAACCAAACGAUCUGAUCAUAGCAGUGAAGAUUACGAAAAUGAUUUGGAUCAUUUGUAGUCUCAACGAAGGAGAACACUUCUCUAUUGGAUCUUUUGAAUGUGAUUGACCUAGCUUAACACGGCAUGCAAAUUUUGUAAAAAAAAUGUAGGCACGAUAUUUUACGUAUGUCUCACUAGAUGCAAUAAUCUUUAUCAGUCACACUUGAUCCCAUGAUUUUAGUCACGUAAUUCGAUUCGCACCAUUUAUGUAUGGAAAGGUGUUAGUGUUUUCCUUAAGGACAGAAAUCUUCCUACUUAAAAUGAAAUUUGCGGGACAAAUAUAUUUAAGACAAAACUAUAAUUGACGUAUUUCGCAAAAUUUUAAUUUUGCUGCGAAAAUUUCUGCCCUCAAGCUACUUUUCUAAUUUCUUUUUAGAAAAUUUGAAACAAUUUUAUAAAUAUUUAUUAAUUUUUAUUUGCUUUUUAAGUAAAAAAGAUUGCAAAAGAAAUUUCUCCAGAAAAAUCCUGGAUUUGGAUAAAAAUUGUAAUCGUGUUGAAUUAAAUUUUUGCGAAUUCUUUUUUUUUAAAUUUUAAGAAAAAAUACGCAUACUUUUACAAAAUUUACAGAAAUUCUUCGAAAAGAACAAAAGAGAAAAUUAAGGAUUAUUUAGAUUUAUCAAACUGAAACCUGUUUUUUUGAGAUGUUCUUAUGAAAAUAGAUUUGUGUUUCUGUAAUUGCAUUUGACGUCUUUUUAUACAUAUCUGUGCAGUUUUUGUAGGUUGUUGUUUUUGGAAAUGUAAUUUAUAUAAAUAUUUUAUAACAAUAUUAUUUACCAAUAUUUUGUACUUGCGAUAUUUUAUACUCUUUUUCUUUUAUUUCUUUUAUGUUUAAUCAACUCGGAUUUUAGUUGGUCAGCGUUGCUUAUUUAGGUCAUGCUACCUUAUGAUUGGCUUCUAUUUUGAAUCAGAACUUUUGAUUGGCCUGUUUUUGAUAUACUACGUUGUGAUUUGUGUAGCACGCGUGUCUGUAUAGCUACCAAAAACCGAGGUAACUUUUUUCUUAUGUAUACUCUUGUUUUUUUGGAUGUUGUAUUUGCUGUAAUGAUAAAUAUUGAAGCCUUUUGUUAUGCUUUUCGUUGUAAGAAGGUUAUCUGCUUGUGAAAAAAUACUUUUACUGUUAAA